CAGCCCGGCGCGGCGCGGUCCCGGCGCGCAUGGGGGUGCUGGAGGCGCUGGGCGCCGGCGCGGCGCGGCUGCUCUUCUACCCGUCGCUGCUGUACACGGUGACGCGGGCGCGGCUGCCCGGGUCCCGCCGGCCCUGGUUCCACCGCAUCGACGAGGUCGUGCUGCUCGGGGCGCUGCCUCUGCGGGGACGCAUCCGCAGGCUGCUGGCGGAGGAGAACGUGCGCGGCGUGGUGACCCUCACCGAGGACUACGAGACCCGGUUCCUCUGUUUUUCCCCUCAGGAAUGGGAGGCAAUGGGAGUGGAGCAACUGCGUCUCAGCACUGUAGAUCUAACUGGAGUCCCCACCUUGGAAAACCUGCACAAGGGCGUGGAGUUCAUCCUGAGACACCGAGCCCGCGGUAACAGCGUCUAUGUGCACUGCAAGGCGGGGCGCUCCCGCAGUGCCACCAUGGUGGCAGCAUACUUAAUUCAGCUGCAUCACUGGAGCCCUCAGGAAGCAAUAGAGGCCAUUACCAAGAUUCGUCCCCAUAUCCUCAUUCGACACAAGCAAGUCCAGGUCCUGGAGAAAUUUCACAGGAAUGUGAUCAAUGAGAGAACUGCAUAACUUAGUAAGAACUAUCAAAAUCCUCAUCUCAGCUGCUAUAAAGAAGUUUUUAUGAUCUAACAAAAGCUUAAGCAUUUUCAUUCUUAAACAAUUAAAUUAUUUCAUCAAUAAAGGGGGAAUAGGGCUGUUUCAUUAAA